CCACCACCACCACCUCCGCGUCUCCACCACCCCCGUCACCACCACCCCCCGUCACCACCACCACCGGUGGCGGUGCUACUGCUGUCCGGGGCUGCCGUACGCCAGCUCAGCCAGCGGACCGCGCGUAGCGGCCUUUCUGGGGCCCGGUGUGACGCUCCGUCUCCUGGUGCCGACCUUCCUCCCCUCGGGCCUGCCCCGAGGGGAGAGCUUCGUGGUGGUCGGCGGGGGCCCGGAGGGCGCGGAGGAGGAGCUGAGCAAGGCGCUGGCACGGAACGGCGACCGCAUGGGCGGGAGAUACGUGACGGUCACUCAGUCCUCGCUGUCUCAGCUGGAGCUCGCCCAGGAGACUUGGAGAGUCUCUCUCGCCCGGGAGCGCUGCGUCCGGCUGCGGGGACUCCUCUACGAAGCCUCAGUCCACGACGUUCAACUCUUCUUUCCUGACAUCCCCGUAGAGACAGAGUCGGUGACUCUGUGUGUGGACGAGUUUGGGAGAGGCUCCGGCUUGGGCUUCGUGGUCUUUGACAGCCCAGAGACCGCUGAGAGAGCCACGCGGAGACACGGAGAGAUGAUGGGGCACAGGAUGGUGGAGGUCUAUCGCUGCCGCAGUGAGGACAUCGUCACCGUCAUCCCCUCCAAGGCUCUCCGGCAGAAGUCCGCAAAUCCCGGAGCCAGAAUCCCCAAUGCCGCUUCGGGAUUCCGGAAUCCCCGAACCGGAGAUUGGAACUCCGGCCCGGAUUUUGGAUACUCCAACCCGAACUUUCAAAACCCGGCCACGGGAUUACAAAACUCCCCACCUAGAUUUCACAAUCCCAAUCCUGGAUUCCAGAACCCGGAUCCCAAUCCUGGAUUCCAGAAUCCCAGUCCUGGAUUCCAGAAUCCGAAUCCAGGUUUCCAGAAUCCGCAUCUUGGUUUCCGGAAUCCCAAUUCGGGAUUCCAGAAUCACAAUGCUGGAUUCCAGAAUCCCAAUCCGGGAUUCCAAAAUCCAAAUCCGGGAUUCCAGAAGCAGAAUAAACAAUUUCCGGACUCGGGCUCCGGAUCCCGGUUUGUGGAUCCCGCUCCGGGCUUUGGGAGGGCUCCCCGCUCUCGUCGGGCGUCGGGGCCCUGGGGGGGUGGCGGCGGAGUGUGGCGAGACGGAGUUUACCAAAACCUGGAGCGGAGCCAUGGAGAGCAGAGCUCCGGGUUCUGUGUUCACAUGCGAGGAUUGCCUUUUGAAGCCACGGAGCAAGACAUCCGGGAGUUCUUCUCCCCGCUUGUCCCAGUGCGUGUGUCUGUGUCCGUGUCUCGCUCCGGCCGUCCGACCGGCGAGGCGGACGUGGAGUUCAGCACCAGCGGAGACGCCGUCACAGCCAUGGAGCGAGACCACAAACACAUGGGCCGUCGCUACAUCGAACUCUUUCUCAACGCUCCGCUGAGCCCGCCCACUGAGAAGCCCCCAUCGCCCAUCACCACCUCCACCACCUCCACCCCAGAGUUGGCUGGUCCUGGGUUCAACUCCCAGACCGAAUCUACGCUCAGUGAGGAGGAGGAGGAUGAGACAGAUGAGGAUGAGACAGAUGAGGAUGAGGAGGUUGUUGUGAAAGAUGUCCACAAACAGCCGAAGGAGGUGGGAGACAGCGCCGCACAGCAUUGUGGGAAGCCAGAGUGAGGGGGAGUGGUCGCCAUGGAGAUGAGGGGGGGGAGUGUGGAGGGGUCACCAUGGAGAUGAUGGGGGCAGUCGCCAUGGAGAUGAUGGGGUGGAUGCCAUGGAGAUGAGGUGUUUUCACCAUGGAGAUGAUGGGGUCGUUCACCAUGGAGAUGAUGAGGGCAGUCGCCAUGGAGAUGAUGGGGUGGUUGCCAUGGAGACGAGAGGGGUGGUCGCCAUGGAGAUGAUGGUGGCGGUCGCCAUGGAGAUGAUGGGGACGGUCACCAUGGAGAUGAGAGGGGUGGUCGCCAUGGAGAUGAUGAGGGCGGUCGCCAUGGAGAUGAUGGGGGCAGUUGCCAUGGAGAUGAGAGGAGUGGUCGCCAUGGAGAUGAUGGUGGCGGACGCCAUGGAGAUGAUGGGGACGGUCACCAUGGAGAUGAGAGGGGUGGUCGCCAUGGAGAUGAUGAGGGCGGUCGCCAUGGAGAUGAUGGGGGCAGUUGCCAUGGAGAUGAUGGGAAGGUAUACAGGCGACUCUUGUUCAACCAUUGCAAAUGUUUAACCCAAUAAAUUUAUUCUGAUUUCUUA